GUACUCCAUAAUAAUAUUAUCGAGGGUCGAUUGUCGAUCRAGAGCGAUCAAUCAUUAUUCAUUAUAUUCUUUGCAUUUCGCCAGUCAUGGUGUCGUCAUAAAUUGUUUUCCGUUCCAUCCACCACAAUAAUAUUAUAUUAUCGCAUUCAAAAUUAUUUUGACGUCGCGAUUCCUCGCCAAUAGCCGACGACCUCUGACAGGGUUGGUAUGAACCGACGUCGGUAAUCUAUUCUCCCGCAUUACCAAGUAGUUUGUACCUACCGGAUAUCGCCAACCRUCAUCCGACCUCGAUCGAUAUUGUUCAAUUAUUGCAAUAUUUGUAAUGGGCUGCAUGCGUCGACAACUGACGUCCGCGGACAAUUCUAGUGGCAGCUGAUCGCUGUCGACAAGAGUCAUCGGGAUAAAACUGACGCACAGAAGACCGUUCGUCGUCAGAAACAAUGGCAGAAGGUGACAAACUGGAACACCAGUGUCUGCAAAAAGAAUUUGAAUGGGUGUUAAAUGAAGAGGUGCACUCCAUAUUGCACCAGCUGAACAUCAUACUCAACGAAUGUGUUCGACGUUUUCCAUCAUGGGACAGUGACGUCCAGGUCAAACAGGAAAAAUUUGUCCUGUCCACGUCACCAGACCAGUUGAAAAGCAUUGUAUCUAUUUCUGGUGACACCAUACUGCAAGCGGACAUACAAUUUAAAGUACAGAGACAUCAGCAGCAAAUAAUGUACCGGACAAAUAUUCGUCACGACUGCCCGUGGAAAUUGCAUCAAGUUCAAGACGCAGGCAAUCAUCUAAGACAAGCUAUUUUACAGAUUGAUAAAAUAGACAAGGAAACUAUUUUCAAUUCCUCAGAAGAAGUAUUACACAUUCUGCGAAAUUUAUUAGGGUGUUUGCAAAGAGGUCGUACAAGUCUUAUAGUUCCACGUAAACGAACAAUUGAUGAUUUGAUUAAAAGCAGAAACAUGAAGUGUUUGACGCCCAACUUACCUGAAGAUUUGGCAAUAAGUUUUUACAUACAAAGUCAUAAGCUAAUUUUUGCUGUUUACCAACUAUCAAAUUCUCACGGUGCAAUGAAGUAUGACACGUAUCAAGCUGAAUGUACUGUACCGUGGUUGAAUGAAGUCCUCGUUCUGUUUACAGUUGCUCUACAGCUAGCUCAGCAACUCAAAGACAAGAUCUGUGUGUUCACCCAGUACAGAGAUAUUACUCAAUUGUCGCGACCAGUUUCUAGCAUUGCGAUACAGUCAUAAGUAUUCGUUGAUUUCUUUCUUUGUAUUAGGUAUUAUUAAAUACAAUCAAGUGAUCAAAUAUGAAGAAUAUAAAUUMUAUAAAAAAUAUACAAUUGUAUAUUUUGGUCUGUUACCGAUUUUCUUCAACAAUCUUUUUCCAGCAAUAAUUCUUAGCUGUAAGCUUU